UUCGUGUGUGCUGUCAAAAGAGGAAAGCAACUUCGUAAGCUGGUAUCGCGGAAAGAAAACUUUCAUUUUUUCCGGAAUAACUAGUGAAAUCUCCCGUUCGCGUAGAAUAUUUCCCGGAGUGGAACAGAACCAACGUUCGGGCGGUUAGUGUGAAAUAGUGAAAAAUAGUUUUGGGGUGCAAAUGAAGCGAUUACGGUGCGGGUUUCUGUGGCUGUUGAUUGCCGUCGUCUGCCAGCAGACGGAGGCAAUUAUGUUCCGCCUGGCACCGAACAUGCAAAAGUGUCUCAAAGACGAAAUGCAGGGCAAUCAGAUAGUGGCCGGCGAGUACGAGGUCACCGGUGCGCCCGGGCAGAAGAUCAACUACGUGGUUCGCGACAGCAAGGGCCACAUAAUGUCCCAGAAGGAGGACAUCAGUAAAGGCAAAUUUUCGUUCACCUCGGAGAUGUACGACACAUUUGAGAUCUGUUUCAUCUCGCAGGUUCCGCCGACUCACCGCGGGAUUGAACAGGACGUCGCCCUGGACAUUAAGAAGGGUAUUGAAACCAAGAGUUACGAAGGUAUUGGCGAAGCCGCAAAGCUGAAACCUCUUGAAGUUGAUCUCAAGCGUUUGGAGGAUCUAUCCGACGCCAUCGUGCAGGACUUUGCUCUCAUGCGAAAGCGCGAGGAGGAGAUGCGUGACACCAACGAAAGUACCAACAGCCGCGUGUUAUUCUUCAGCAUCUUCAGUAUGUGCUGCCUGCUGGGACUGGCCACGUGGCAGGUUCUGUACCUGAGGAGGUACUUUAUCGCCAAGAAGCUGAUCUAAACGAAAAGGAGCGGACGAAUUUGAUUUUGGUUUGAAAAGUUGUGAGUAUGGGUGUAUGUGUGUUCGUGUGUGUUCAGUUGAACAAUAGAAGAUUGAGUGAGCCUAGUGAUUGCACGUAUUGUUUCGAAAGACCCCCAAGAGGGAUCAUCCCUAGUAGGCAAAUCUGAAAGAUGGCGGUAGGUAUCUAAAUGACCAGAUGCCCAGAGUGUGGAAUGCAGCGGAACAAAUUUCAUUUCGUAUUUUCUUCGUACUGACGUUGAUGAGUUGGUUUAUUGAACCCCGGCGCGAAUAUCGUGUAUUAUGUUUCUGUUCAGUUUUUCAACCGUUGGCAACUGGUACCUUUUUGCGUCUUCAAUGGGAAAACUUUGUUCAGUUUAAAUCCUCCGGGCUAAUGUGGAGGAUCCAGCUUCUGUUGUCCAUCGGUGGCCUUACACUGAAGAAAGUUUUCACAUUGGUUUCAUCUGAUUUUCACAUGAACUGUUUUCAUACGUGUACCCAUUGAAUUUUAUGGGAAUAUCACAUAGAUUUUGCGAAGUUAUGUGAGUUUCCAAUAGAAUCUAUGUGAUUUCCUAAUGUUUUCCAUAGACCGUAUUGAUUUCAUGUGAUAUUUCCGAAGAAAUUUUCAUCGGAAAAUCCAAUAACAGUUAUAUAGCCAAACUAAUGGAAAUUUUCCAUUGGAUAUGUGAUUUAUUUUUUCAGUGUAUCAAACGGAGGCUGAAAGGUCAAUGUUGAAUAUAAGCUCAAAUCUGAUAAUAUAAAGUUUUCUUUGUUUUUGGUUGUCGUAAACAGGUUUUAUAUAGUUUAAUGUAAACAUAGACUUGAUACGUUUGUCGCAUUCAAAUAAAAGAACUUAAAUGACGGUGAAA